AGAUUUUCUAUGUCCUCUGCUAGUCAUAUUUUUGAUUUAUCAUACUAGCGCAGUUAAUUAUGAAAUUCUGUCCAGAAUCAGCGGAUCUUAACACUCAUAUUUGGAAAGAUGGAGGCUUUACAAGAUGCUUCUAUGAUACUAUUGCGUCCUCUGUGCUUACUGGUUUUAUCAUAAUAUUUGGUUCUUUACAAAUUCACUUGUAACUUUUUUCUUUAAACUCUUUUAAAAAUCUUCUAAAUAAUUUUCGAAUCAUUCUUACAGUUAUAAAAAGAAUGGACGAAAAAUUAGAAGUACCGAUCUCAUAAGAAAGCCUGCUUAUUAUAUAUUAUUAAUUCUGAUAUAUUCUUCAAUAUUCGAAUGUCUAAUUCGUCUGCUUCUGCAGCAUCAAUUAUCUAAUCUAUACGCAUAUUCUAUAUUAUACUGUGGUAAAGUUUUCUAUAUUUAAUAUUGUAAAUUAUUCUUCUUAACUAUUCUUCAUAAAUUUAGUACUUAUGUUUGUUUCAUGGAUAUUUGUCUUGUAUUUACUUCGAUUCGAGAGAAAUUACCGAUUACGAAAUAGCAGAAGAGGUCAUAGUUUUGUUUUAUUAUUACUUUUGAGUGGAAUUCUCAUUGAAAGAUUAUUAGCUUUAAUAUCAUGGUCAAGUCCACAAUGGUGGUUUAAAUCAAAAACAAAAUAUAUACGAGUAGAGUUUAUUCUAUGGUCUAUACGUUUAUCUUUAUCGACUUUAAUAUUUAUUCUGGGUUUAGUAGCACCAGGCGUACCCUUGACAAAUCCAAAUGAAGAUUACGAACAACUCCCAGGAAACUCUGAAACUUCAGGAUCAACUUGGCAAGGAAUAUGGAAAAAAUUAAAAAUGCUUUUCCCAUAUUUAUGGCCAAAGAAAAGUCCCAAAUUACAAAUUUGCGUCAUUUUUUGUAUGCUAUUGUUGGUUGUUGGUCGUAUUGUUAAUUUAUUAAAUCCAAUUUAUUAUAAGAAAAUAGUUGAUAGUUUAUCAAUACCCAAUAUUCCAAAGCAGAAUACUACUAUAACCAUCGUUGAUAAUACAGUGCUUUUAUCAAAUAAUUUAGCGUUUAGAUGGGAUUACGUUUGUAUUUAUGUUGGUUUAAGAUUCUUGCAAGGCGGAGGUUUUGGAACUAUGGGUUUGUUAAAUAAUAUUCGAACAUUGUUAUGGAUUUGGGUACAGCAGUAUACGACAAGAGAAGUUGAAGUGUCCCUAUUUUCUCAUCUUCACGGCUUAUCUUUGAGAUGGCAUCUGGGAAGAAAAACUGGCCAAGUUCUUAGGGUUGUUGAUCGAGGAACAAACAGUAUUAAUAGCUUAUUAAAUUACAUCAUCUUUCAAAUUCUACCAACGUUUGCCGAUAUAAUAAUAGCUAUAGUGUAUUUUCUUAUGGCAUUUGAUGCGUGGUUUGCUAUUAUUGUUUUUGUUACAAUGAUGUUUUACCUUGCUGCAACAAUUAUGGUAACUGAAUGGAGAACAAAGUUUCGUCGUAAAAUGAAUACUUUAGAUAAUGAGAGGAAUGCUAGAGCUGUAGAUUCGUUAUUAAAUUUUGAAACAGUAAAAUAUUACGGAGCUGAACAAUUUGAGAUUGAUUCUUAUAAGGAUUCUAUAAUUAAUUAUCAAAAAGCUGAAUGGAUAUCGCAAGCUACAUUAAAUAUUUUAAAUAGUAUUCAAAAUGUUAUAAUAGGAGCUGGCCUGCUAGUUGGAAGUUUACUUUGCGUUUGGUAUGUUGCAGCUCGAAAAGGUUUAACCGUUGGCGAUUAUGUUUUAUUCUCAACUUAUAUUGUCCAGUUGUACGCGCCUUUAAAUUGGUUUGGAACGUAUUAUAGAACAAUUCAACAAGCUUUUAUAGAUAUGGAAAAUAUGUUUGAACUAUUAAGCGAAGAUAAGGAAGUUACAGAUGAUCCUAAUCCAGAGAUGGAUUGGGUUGUUACUAAAGGUGGAGUAUCGUUUGAAAAUGUUUCAUUCCAUUAUGCUCCAGAGAAACCCAUUCUAAGGAAUAUAUCAUUUACAAUCCUUCCGGGCCAAACUUUUGCAUUUGUAGGGCCAUCUGGUGGAGGAAAAAGUACAAUUAUUCGUUUAAUAUUUAGAUUUUACGACGUCGUAGAUGGAACCAUAAAAAUCGAUGGAACGGAAAUAAAGAAAAUAAAGCAAUCGGAUCUUCGUAAAGCAAUUGGGGUUGUGCCACAAGACACUGUCCUAUUUAAUAAUGAUAUAAAAUAUAAUAUUCGAUAUGGAAGGACGAAUGCAUCGGAUAUUGAUGUUGAAAAAGCCGCUCAGUCAGCGGAUAUACAUGAGAAGAUAAUGGCUUUUCCAGAGAAAUACGAAACAAAAGUUGGAGAAAGAGGUCUCAAAUUAAGUGGCGGUGAAAAGCAAAGAGUAGCAAUAGCUCGAACGAUAUUGAAAGCACCUUCUGUAAUAUUACUAGAUGAGGCUACGUCUGCGCUCGAUACUCAAACAGAGCGUAAUAUUCAAAGUUCUUUGUCAAAGGUAUGUGAGAAUCGAACAAGUUUAAUAGUAGCCCAUAGGCUUAGUACCAUUGUCAAUGCCGAUACCAUAAUGGUCUUAGAUCAAGGAGAAAUAGUAGAAAGAGGAAGUCACGAGGAGCUAUUAGAAUUAGAAGGGAAGUAUUGGAAAAUGUGGCAAGAGCAAAUGACUAAACGAGAGGACGACGACGGAGACGACACUUAA